AUGAUCACGCCUCCGGCGAAUGCCAGGGGCUGGGGAGGUCGUGUGUCUGUGAAUGCUGAGCUCCGGUUACAACAAAAGGCUGAAGGCGGGGCGAGCGCCACGCGCUGCCCGAUGGCAGACCGACGGCCCACCUGCCAGCCCACCGGCCAGCCGCUGCCCCGGCCGCAGAUUCCACUCAUUCCUCACACCGUUCCUCAGUGCCGGGUGCAGCAGGGCACAGCCGGAUGGCCAAAUUACCUGAAGCGCUUCAAGGUGAUGAAAAUCAAGGUUCUGCGCUCGUGGUGCCGACAGAUCCUCAAAGGCCUCCACUUCCUGCACACCCGGGCUCCGCCCAUCAUUCACAGAGACUUGAAAUGCGACAACAUAUUCAUCACGGGGCCCACGGGCUCGGUGAAGAUAGGAGACCUCGGGUUGGCCACGCUAAAGAGGGCCUCUUUUGCCAAGAGUGUCAUAGGUACCCCAGAGUUCAUGGCUCCAGAGAUGUAUGAGGAGAAGUACGAUGAGUCUGUAGAUGUGUAUGCCUUUGGGAUGUGCAUGCUGGAGAUGGCUACCUCGGAGUAUCCCUACUCUGAAUGUCAGAACGCUGCCCAGAUCUACAGGCGCGUCACCAGCGGAGUGAAGCCUGGCAGUUUCGACAAGGUAGCCAUUCCUGAGGUGAAGGAAAUUAUAGAGGGCUGCAUCCGAACGAACAAGGACGAGAGGUAUGCCAUAAAGACCCUGCUGAACCACGCGUUCUUUCAGGAGGAGACGGGGGUCAGGGUUGAGCUCGCAGAGGAGGAUGAUGGAGAAAUGAUUGCAAUCAAACUGUGGCUCAGGAUAGAAGACGUCAAGAAGCUCAAAGGCAAGAAAUCAGUUGAGUCUGGCUAUGUCGCAGAGGCUGACCAUAAGACGAUGGCCAAGGCCAUCAAGGACCGUGUGUCUCUGAUUCGAAAGAAGAGAGAACAGAGGCAGCUGGUGCGCGAAGAACAGGAGAAGAGAAAACUGGAGGCAGAGCAGCAGCAAAAGCAGGAGUCAUUCAAAGCGUCACGCUCACAGACGGAGACGGAGGAGACUGAAGUGGAACAACAACAGCUUCACUAUCAGCAGAGUGGCGUCUUGCACAUAUCUGAAGGUGGUGUGGACAGCGGGCAGGGCUCUUCAGUUUUCUCCUCAGACUCCCCCCACCUGGGUCAGCUUACCAUGUCCUACAGCUGCCCCCCCUCCUCCCAGCCCCCUUCCCAGCCCCAGACCCCAUACCCCCCACCCCAAUCCGCGGCCCCGCCGCAGCACCCGGGCUAUGCCCAGCCGCCCCAGCAGAUGCAUUCAAUGCCACAUCCUUUCAGUGGCGGAGCGAGCUCAGGCGGAGGAAGCGCGGGAGGGAACAUGCCUCUCUCAGCCCUUCCAGACCCCCCAAGCAUUUUCUUCUCCUCCAUCCCUGAGCGCCCCGUUUCCUUCUCUCCUCCCCCCACUGGGCCUCCAAAGGCUUACAACAACCAGAGACGGAAGAGCACCUCCAUUCUUGAGGCGCAUACCCGGCACUUCCAGCCUGCUUACCCUCGCUAUGGGAGCAGCCUUCACCCCUUUUCUGGAAUGGAAGGCGUUGAGCCACCUCCUAUGUUUAUGGUCAAUCCCGGUUUUGCAGCAGCUGCUCAGAGACUCGGUGUGGGGGAACCUCUACAUCAUCCGGGACAGUCUGACCCAAGCAUGUAUGGCUUUAAAGACCUGAGGGCAGAACACGAGGAAACGGUGAGGAGGUUGAGUCUGAACCAGGCCGCCCUGCUGGACCAUUACGAGGCCAUGGCGUAUGGAGGAUACCCAAUGACUGCACAUCAGCUGGGCCACUUGAGUUUCCAUCACCAGAGGCAGGCGGCUGCAGCAGCUGCCAGUUUGGGCUUUGAUCCUGGUCAUCCAUCUCAGCCGGGGUUCCUGCACCCUCACAUCAUGCAAAGAAUGAGUGCGCACAGCCCAAUCCCUCCAUCCAUGCCCCCGAUGAGUGCUUCGGCUGGUGGCGCCAUUUCCUCUUCAUCAGCUGAGGGAUGCUAUCCUCCACAACACGCAUCUUCAUCCUCCUUCCCUGUGUCCGCCCCCGCCAUCAUGGCCGAUGCUCCUCCGUCUGCCGGGAGUGUUUUUGAGUUCCAUUUAGCUGCAGCGGCCGCAGCAGCAGCGGCCGCCGUAGACCCAAACCUCCUGGCGUCCAGACUUUAUCGAACCAGAAGGAGCUCCAUGGACCUCCCGCUAGAGGACAGCUCUGGGACAGGAUCCGGCAGCUCUGGGACUUACAACCGUCUCCAGCCCGUGACAGAGGAGCUGAGUGCUUAUGUCAGCCCGGAGCUCCCUUUGCCCCCCGGAAGCCUUCUGCUUCACCACAUAGGUAUUAGCACAAAGGACAGAAGCCCAGACCCGUCCAGUGACUCUCUGGCCUCCUCUGAUGCAGGAGAGUUCCAGUCACCCCCUCCCCCGCCUCUCCUUCCUCCAUUUGACUCCUCAGCUGCCCAGUCCAUCCCUCGCUCUUCCUCGUCUGCACAUUCAUCUGGAGGAAUGGCUCAUUUGGACCCACAAGGACAUCCACCUUCUGGGAUUAAUUUUUUUCCCCCAACCCCGUCGUCUGAGAUCCCGCUUGGGGGGGCGCCGUCCAGUCAGCUGGAGUCUCUGAUGCAGAGUGCCUGGGCCCGGCAUGGAGGGAUGGUACCAGCCCAGCCGGAUAUGACAUACCAUGAGUCAGUGCUGGCCAUGCAGCCAGCUAACCCCCCUCUGGUUGUGUCAGCUAGUCAGAGCAACACGUCCCUUCAGAGCCCGACACACACAGCUCUGCCGCAGGCGCCUGCACAGCCCAGUCCAACUUUGCCUCGCCCCACCGUUUCCUUGCCGACCCUCCCUUCUCCGUCGCCGUCCAUUCCCGUUGUCAUACCGACAGCAGUCAUGGUUUCCCCUCCCUCUCCUCUGCCAAUCCCUGUUGGGGUACCUCCAAUUGUUUCCCCUCCUCCUCCUCCACUUCCUGCUGUUCCCACACCUGUGCCUCAGCUUUUGGCCACCGUGGUGCCAAUCAUCAGUGUAGUGGCCGCCCCACCUGACACUCCCAUGGAAGCCCCUCCUAAGGUACUGGUUCAGCUGAAGCAGACCAACGGCCACUCUGAGACCUCAGGUCUGAGUGAUGGCAACGAGGGAGGCGGCAGCGGUCUCCACGAAGGCCGCUCCAGCAAGCGACAUCAGAGGCGCUCCGUCCGGAGUCGAUCACGCCACGAGAAGCUGUCUAAGGCCAAACUCAAUGUUCUCAAUAUCUCCAACCGAGGUGACAGGGUAGCAGAGUGUCAGCUGGAGACUCACAACAGGAAGAUGGUGACUUUUAGGUUCGACCUCGACGGAGACAACCCCGAGGAGAUUGCUCAGAUUAUGGUCCAAAGUGAAUUUAUUCUGGAAAGCGAGCGGGAAUCGUUUAUUGAGCAGGUCAGAGAGGUCAUUGAGAAUGCUGACAAAAAGGGUCUGGAAAGAGACACGAACAGUCAGAUGAUGGGGGACAAACAAGAGCAGACACCAGUGAUAUCUACCCCUAUGCCAGACAUACCAUCAAGUUCAACAGCACAAGUGGUCCAUUCAGCAGGUCGAAAAUUCAUAGUCAGCCCCGUACCUGAAACCAGGCUGAAGGAGCCAACGUAUCCCACUUCUCCUGCGUCCCCUGGACUUCCUGUUGAAGCAGAUGCCGUGCCAAGGAGUGAGACCUCCUCUGAGUCCCAAGGCAAGCCAGACGAUAUCCAGGCUCUGGACAUGAAGCUGCGCUCUCUCUUCAUGGACCUAGGUGGAGGGGUGGUGUCCCCUCAGGGGGACAUCCUGGCUGUUGACAUGGUGUCUGGAGCCCCCGUGGCAGGUACCUCAUCCCCGUCCCAGCAGCCUCUGGAGGAUCUGGAUGCCCAGUUGAGAAGAGCUCUGAGCCCUGAAACUGUUCCCGUGAGCUCACACACACAGGUGUCGUUAGCUGCAGAGGAGCCCACUGUCCAACGCCUGGCAUGCACCAAGCCCUCCUCCUCCACCACCUCCUCCACUUCAUCGUCCUCCUCCAGCCUCUCCAGCCCAGAGAACACAUUGCACAAAGACUUCUUAUCUCCUCUGAGAGGAGAAGGGGGAGGACAAGGCAGGGAUGUUGUGGAUGGACUCUGUCCAAGGACUACUACAGGAUCCCAACAUGCCUCUCCUAUCGCCUCCCCCUGCCCCUCCCCCAAGCCCACCACUACCAUUGGACGCUUCCAGGUCUCAACCAACACCGAGGCUCGUGUGGGUCGAUUCUCAGUCAGCCGUGCCCAGGAGCAGAGCCCCGAGUCCCGGCAGAGCCCCCCACCUGCUGACCAGGCUGCUAAUGGAACCAGUGAUCCUGGCCAAGUUUUGACCCCAGACUCUCCUCAUAAAGCCUCUUUACCAAGUCUCAACAACAACUCUUUCAACAAUUCCUACAUCAGCAGUGACAACGACUCAGAAUUUGAGGAUGAGGACUUCAAACGGGAAGUAAACCGCCUCAGAGAAAAGCACAUGCGUGAAAUUCAGGCCCUGCACUCCCGUCAGAAGGAAGAAAUAGACCAUCUGUUCACCAGACUGGGAAAAGUGCCUCCGGCAGCAGUGAUCCCUCCCAUACUACCCUCCAGUGGCAGAAGGCGACGACUGACCAAAAGCAAGUCAAAAUCCUCCAGAACCAGCUCCACACACGGCAGCAAGAGUCCAUUACCGCAAGGCAGCACUUUAUCCGCCCAGAGCGUCCCGACCAUGUACCCCGGCCAGCUGGCCGUGCUGGCCCCCGGAGGACUGGCUGAUUCAGGCAGCAGCUCGGUGCUCCAGCCCCUCAAACCUUCCCCGUCCAGCGACAACCUGUGCUCGGCCUACACCAGCGAGGCAGCUCUGUCUGUGCCCAGCCUGCUGUGUAAAGUUCAGCUGGGGUUCGGAGCGUUUGGCCUUCAAGCCGGGCGGCAGGAGGACACGCUUUCUGAGUACGCCCUGCUUGGCUCUUUGUGGGAGGUCGAGUCCUCGCCCCACGAUCCCUCCCACCCACCUAUGCCCCCAUCACUGCACCUCCAGGAGGGGAGAGAGACAGACCUGGGUCUAAGGACUAAUAGCACCAAUGCCGUGAGCAGUUCAGGAGGUCUGGGUCAAAGCCAGGGCGGAUCUCAGUGUCUGGCCCCCAACAUGUCAGCCCCCCACCAGAGGAAAGGAACGUUCACAGACGACCUCCAUAAACUGGUGGACAACUGGGCCCGGGACGCCAUGAACCUCUCACAGAUCGUCCAGUCAGCAAGUAUCGGCAGGAAGUUCUCCGCUCCCAGCCAGUUAUGUCCCAGCAGCAUUGGAGGCUCCACCCACCUCCCUGCAAACCCCACCACCGCUACCUCUCUGGCAGCUCGCAAGGGCUCCCUGUGCCACCCGCCCUCCUCCUCCACUCCACCCCAGCUCCAGCCACCCCAGUUCAUCCACUACCCUCCUACCGCCGCAUACAGCGCCCAGUGGUCCGGUCCGGCCCACACUCUGCCAAACCCUCACCAGGCACCCACACAACCUCUGCUGGUCAGCACCUCUCAGCCCCUGGGCCCCUAUCCCGCCCCACAGGGCCAGAUUCCAGGGCAGGGCCCUCUGCAGGCUUUCCAUCUGACCAACACGCUGCAGAAGUCAGUGAGCAACCCUGGAGGGCCUAACUUGAGGACCACAUAGGGCAGGGGCCGAGGAUCUCAGCCCAGCUGGACAAGGUGGAUCGUUUUGGGACAGGAGCGAACCAAGGAAAGUGACAGGGGGUGCAGAGCAGGGAUAUCAAAAGGUUGGGAGCUGAUGUGUUCAUGAGGUGGAAGGACACGAGGUGGGGCCAUCUCCACUCCACCUCCAUUAGUGUGUUGUGGCAGACACACACUGCCUCUCUGCUGUGACAGCCAAACGAUCAACUUAAAGGAAGAGACUAGUGUGCAAUGCUGAAAGGCCAAAGAGGCUCUGGCCGGGUCGGGACUGGUGUCAAUAACUGUGUGAGGGCUCCUACCGCCGGGGCGCGUCUGAUCCGGGGUCAUGUUUGCUAUAACUUUACGAGGUCGGCACACAGCUAGGGCGCAUGUGGGUUUGCUGAAUGCGGGGGGGCGGACAUUACAUCAGGCCCAGGGAGAAGUCUAGAAAAAAAAAUCCCAUUUUCCAAGACGAUAAGAAGAUUCAACGCAGUUAUUGUUUAAAUUUGAGGAUUGCUGCGGAGGCAGUGUAUUUUGUGACAGGCGCCCCUAAACUUAUUGAUGACUACAAAACGUCACUUGCUGCAACAGUCAGGUGAGAGCUGAAAGCGGGUCCGAGUUUUAGCAUCUGAACCAUUAAAAGCACAAAAUACAAACAAAAGCAUGUGGAGGGCGUUCAGCCUGGCGCUCUUCGGGGCUGCGUUCUCUUUUUCGUUGAACUUUUCAAAAAUCCGGGGAGAGGUGGAGAAAGAGAGCUAAUAAGGAGCGCGUCUGUCUAAGAUAAAACCUGGUCUGUUUACGUCCUCACCGCUCCCUUUAAAUGGGCUGAGCAGCAGACGCCUGGACUCUCCAAUCACCAGUCGGCCUCCUCUUUCAUCCCUCUCUUCACCUCUUUGUUGUCAUGUGAAGCAAUAAUAGCAGUAACCUUCAGAAGGAGAGAAGAAGCCCAAAUACGAGAGACCUGUGUGGAAAGUGGCCUUGUUAUCAGAAAAAUAUGAGUCCUUGUACAGUUUGUCAGCUACGAUGAUUCCAUGUUGUUUAUUUUUGCUUUUGUUUUGCUCGCUGACGCCCAGCUAGCAUUCUGACACACAUAAAAUGCAUGAGACAUUCACACAGACACACACACACACACACACACACACAGAGUCAUGCACAGACGUCUGAUCACACCCACACAUCAUUAGAGGUGGAGCAGCAGUUUAACCCUCUUAGAAUUUUGCCUCAGUUUUUAGUGUCAUGACUAGAUUGGUGUCAGCGUUUGGGGUGAAGUAAUUGCAAUGUACAUUACUAUCAUCAUUGUUGUUAAUGAUUAUUAUUCUAUUUAAAAACAAAAACAAAAAAUGUGUUCUGUCAAUGGACCUGUUCUACGUGCACAUCGCUGUACGAUGUGGAGACACUGUGAUUAUUGUUGUUUAUUAUUAGCAAAUGUUGUUGGACAACAUUAGUUUUAGGGUGACACGUCACAAAAAAACGAGAAAAAAAAGCAAACUAAAGAGAGAGCAGUCCGGGGUCCUUUCCCUUUCACUUCAAUGGAUUUUCAUCAAAAUGUGAACACUGGUAUCUCUCCCUGUCAGUACGCGUCCUGCCGCCCAUUUACAGAGGACACACUUUGUAACCGAUGCCUUACCAACAAGCAGCCAACUCAAGUCUCAGCUCAUCUUCACCACCGGUUGAAUUGAAAGUGGGAAAUGACCCCCAAGCCUGAGUUUAAAGACUAACCUGAGUCAGCGGCAGGAUAGUUGAUAUUUAGAUACUAAAGUAAAGCUAGCUAUUUUUUCUUAAUACAGUACUUAUAUAUCAGACACUUUAAACAGCCCUCGUCCUGGUCCCCUGCUGCCCUGGUUUGGUUAGAUGAAUGUGAAUGUAUAAACCAAUGGUGUCCAUUUUAAUGUACUUGAAAAAAAAAACUUUUAUGUUCACUGUCCUGGCUUGUCCUGACCCUCUCUUAGAGACUCCGGUUAAAACUGGGGGUACUUAUAGUGCCUUGCAUCCUUUCUGUUACUUCCCUGAGGGUUGAGGACUUGGGUUGAAGUGUGAGAGUAUUUUAGAAGGUGGGGGCUUCGUAGUCCGUCGGAAUGGUUGGGUGUGUUCAGAGGAGAUGUUUGUGUGUGUGUGUAAAUGGGUGUGUGUGUGUGUGGUUAAUUCCGAUGAGUGUAUUUUCUGAAAAACUGCAAACCGUUGAAUGUUUCUCCUGAUGUGGGAGGAAAAAAAAGAUGAACCCUAGAAUAACCGAGGGUAAAUCCACCAAAAGGCCACCUUUUGUCGUCAGUGUUGUUUGUAUUGCUGCGUUUUUUUCUCAGUUUUAAGGAGGCGGUUGUUGAAGAUUGUAUUUGAAGCUUGGACCACUCUGUACUUAAGAGGCUCUGACCCAGGUGCAGCACAGAGGGGGGUUCGUCCAAAUGAGGCAGACCACGCACCAAAACUCACCAUUUUAUUAGUCAAUUCACUUUCAAUUGAUUCAUUUCAAAUUUGUUUGCCAAAAAUUAAAAUGUUCAAUCUGAUUUAGUGUUCUGCAUUGAUCCACUGCGACAAACGGGAACUCCAUCUGAGAGGCCGAUACUUCGUCCCUCACUGGUUCCAUCAAAAAGAGGCGAGUGUAGCUUAUGUAGAUGAUCGGAAUUUUACCACAGAGACUCUGGACUUUCUCAUUUGAAACAAUCUUCAUAAACUAUUGCAUAAAGUAGUGUUUGCAUGAGCUAACCUUUCAGAAGAAGAAGCUUUCACAGUUGUUUGAAUAGUCGGUGGUGGAGAUAACUGAAAGCACAGCGGUGGUUUAGAGUGGAACUUCACAUCCCAGACCUUUGACGCCCUCUCCUGUUCUCCCUCUUUUGGCCUGAGCAGCUGGUACAAAGCCCACCUAGAAGCCUGGCCUCUGUUUCUCGCUUUCGCCUAAAAGAGGAAAAAAAAAAAAACCUUUGCGGGGUUUGUUUUUACGGUGUUUUAUGCAUCUCUAAAGACUAACGUUGGCGCGUGGCAGGUUUGGCUGAAGCUGUGAAUAAUCCCUUCCCACACAGUGCCAUCCUCUAGUGAUUUCCCGGGAUGAAGUUAGGUCUUUUUUUGAUCGGGUUUGCCGUGUCUCUACCGUAGAGGAGCAGUGACAGACCUGCUGUGCUUGCUGCGCCAUGGCGCCGUGCGGGCUGUCAGGGUGCUCCGGAGGGCCGGGAGAGGCCUCGGCCGGAGGAGCUGGGAGCAGUUCCUGUGA